CGGUGAAAGGCGGUUGUGAAGGUACUGCCAUAAACAGAGCGCAGACUGCGCCUUUAAGAAGUGCAAAUCGAAACAGUAAAGCAUUCGCAGUGUCAAUGUACUAACAAUGAAUUUAAUCGACAUGGUCUUGAUUCAAUUCUUGCUGUUUAAUGGCAUAUGGACCAUUAAAGGUCAGCAUGGAAACCCUCUGAACAAGUACAUCCGCCACUAUGAGGGCCUGUCCUACGACACCGAGGCCCUGCACAGCAACCACCAGAGAGCCAAGAGGGCCGUCUCCCACGAGGACAAGGUCCUGCAGCUUGACUUCCACGCACAUGGAAGGCAUUUCAAUCUGCGGAUGAAGAGGGACACCAGCCUGUUCUCUCCAGACCUCAAGGUAGAGAUAUCAGGAGUGGAGGCGCCCUACGACCCCUCCCACAUUUACACUGGAGAAAUCUUCGGUGAGAAGGGAACUUUGACCCACGGCUCGGUGGUGGACGGCAGGUUUGAAGGCUUCAUCCAGACCCACCAGGGCAUGUACUACGUGGAGCCUUCGGAGAGGUACCUCAGAGACAAGGACGUGCCCUACCACUCAGUCAUCUACCACGAGGGGGACAUCAAUUACCCUCAUAAGUAUGGGUCAGAGGGGGGCUGUGCUGACCACUCAGUGUUUGAAAGGAUGAAGAAGUACCAGGCCUCGGCUAUGGAGGAGCCUCUCAAGGAGCCCAGCAGUGUGGUGGAGGAAGAGGAGAGGUCCCAUGGACAUGGUCCGGUGAUCCUGAGGAAGAAGAGAGCAGCUCAGAUAGAGAAGAACACCUGCCAGCUCUUCAUCCAGACUGACCACCUCUUCUUCAAGUACUACGGCACCAGAGAGGCUGUCAUCGCACAGAUCUCCAGCCAUGUCAAGGCCAUUGACUCUAUCUACCAGGGUACUGACUUCCUAGGCAUCCGCAACAUCAGCUUCAUGGUCAAAAGGAUCAGGAUAAACACGACCAGUGAUGAGCGGGACAUCACCAAUCCGUUCCGCUUCGCUAACAUUGGGGUGGAGAAGUUCCUGGAGCUCAACUCAGAACAGAACCAUGAUGACUAUUGCCUGGCCUAUGUCUUCAGUGACAGGGACUUUGACGACGGGGUGCUGGGCCUGGCCUGGGUCGGAGCUCCUGCAGGGAGCUCCGGAGGUAUCUGUGAGAAGAGUAAGUUGUACUCUGAUGGGAAGAAGAAGUCUCUGAACACCGGCAUCAUCACGGUGCAGAACUACGCCUCCCAUGUCCCCCCCAAGGUCUCCCACAUCACCUUCGCACAUGAGGUUGGACACAACUUUGGCUCUCCGCAUGACUCUGGGACAGAGUGCACCCCAGGAGAGUCCAAGGCCCAGGAGAAGAAGGAGCAGGGGAACUACAUCAUGUACGCCCGGGCCACAUCAGGGGACAAGCUCAACAACAACAAGUUCUCUAUCUGCAGCGUGAGGAACAUCAGCCAGGUCCUGGAGAAGAAGAGGGGCAACUGCUUUGUGGAGUCUGGCCAGCCCAUCUGUGGUAAUGGUCUGGUGGAGGCAGGGGAGCAGUGUGACUGUGGUUACAGUGACCAGUGUAAAGACGAGUGCUGCUACAACGCCAACGAGGCCGACGGCAACAAGUGCAAACUUAAGCCCGGCAAAAUCUGUAGCCCCAGCCAGGGUCCCUGCUGUACACCGACGUGCAACUUCAAGGGCUCCAAUGAUAAGUGUAGGGACGAGUCAGAGUGUGCUGAACAGGGCAUGUGUAACGGAGGCACUGCCCAGUGCCCCACCUCUGAACCCAAAGCCAACUUCACCGCCUGCCAUGGAGAGACACAAGUCUGCCUCAACGGGGGCUGCUCUGGCUCCAUCUGUGAGAAGUAUGGUCUGGAAGUGUGUACCUGUGCCAGUAUUGAGGGAACAGACGAGACUGAGCUGUGCCACGUCUGCUGUCAGGAGAGAAUGAAACCCGACACCUGCAGCAGCACGGGCUCCGAGAAGUGGGCCCGCUUCUUCAGCAAGAAGAUCACCACGCUGCAGCCAGGCUCCCCCUGCAACGACUUCAAGGGUUACUGCGACGUGUUCAUGAGGUGCCGGCUGGUGGACGCAGACGGCCCCCUGGCCAGGCUAAAGAAAGCCAUCUUCAACGCAGAGCUCUACGAGAACAUCGCAGAGUGGAUAGUGGCUCACUGGUGGGCAGUGUUGCUGAUGGGCAUUGCUCUCAUCAUGCUGAUGGCUGGUUUCAUCAAGAUCUGCAGUGUCCACACACCCAGCAGCAACCCCAAACUGCCCCCACCCAAGCCACUGCCAGGCACGUUGAAGAGGAGGAGACGGCAGCAAUCGAAUGGCCAGCAGCCCCAGCAGCAGCGCAACCAACGCCAGCCCAGAGAGAACUAUCAGUUGGGUCAGAUGAGACGUUGAGACACUGGGCCCCUCUUUGCCUUGGUUCUUCCUAGUGCCUACAGUGGGAACACUUCACUCCAAAGAGUUACCUGUACCAUUCAUUGCAACCACCCAUCUGCAAAACUAACUGUCAACAGAACUGAUUUCAAUAGACAAGACGUACAGUUCCAGGACCUAACGGACCAUAUCAACACCACUGCUCUGGGAGCCAGCCGAGCUGUCCUUCACACAGCUGUAAGCAGAGAAUAUUAUAGGAAAGCUCUUGGCAAUGACGGGAAGAGAAAAUUACUGAUUUCUGUUGUUCUUUUUUCUUUAUUUUUUCCUGGAGUGCAGGGGAGAGCAGCAUUGUGGUCAUGCAGCCUCUCCUCUCCUCCUUUUUAGCGUGUUUCAUCUGUUUGUCCUUUCUGAAGUGCUGCCCUCCUGAGCAGGAAAACAGGACUGCAGGUCACAUGGGUUUUUGCUGCCAUGCAAAGCCAGGAUGUGAGACAUUGCAGCAGAAGAGACUAAUUUGCCAAUGUAAUUAUUAUUUUGUAAUCAAAACAUGAUAAGAAAAAAUGCACAGGCUUUUAUUUCCAAAGCAUACAUGUUCUUUCUGCGUGCAAUUGUACAGGUAUUGAGAUGUAGAUUUUUUUUCUUUGUAUAAUAUGAAAUCGAUUGUUUUCCUGCUGUCUGAUAAAGAUUAUUUACUGUUUUAAUUCACUCUCUCAGGAUUAAUAAAACAAAAAACAGCCCUAUCUGUCACAUUUAGAAGCUGCUGUGGGGUGGAUCAGAACAGACCUCGGUUAUCAGAACAUGGAGGGAAUGUAAACCAAAAGCUGAAUGUGAUUAAAGCAGGGUAUAGAGAGGCGACAGAGAUGUAGAGACUGUUGUGAUAUUCGGAUGUGAUAUCGGAGGAUAUCAUUGGGCUGGUGGAAGGUGUCAUUUUCAGACAGGUUUGCUUCUAGAGGUGCAGUUUGGGGAUGCAACUGUAGCUUUUAAAUUUUUUACUUAAUUAUGACAUUGUUCUCUUCAGCAAUUUUUUUCUGACUCAAUGCAUUGAUGUGAAUCACUGAACCACUAAAUACAGCAGAUGUACCUUGUCUAUUGAUCAUUCCAUGUGAGGGAUGGUUGGAGAAAGGAGAGAAUCUUCAAUGCAUUAGCAUACAAGGCUGUCCAAAGGCUGGCUGGUGCUACACCUCAUGACUAUGCCACUGAACGUGGUUACAUCAUAUUCUUCAAGUCACAGGGCCUUGGCCAGAGCCUGUGAACACAGGCCAAGGUCCAUAGGGGGCAAUAUUACAGAGGGCAUCACAGACAGUCACUGUACUGGUCUGGACAUGCUCUCGCCUAGCUCGGCUGCCCUCACCAAUGUUGUUACCUUAAUAAAUGCACAGUCUUUAAGAGCUGACCUGGGAACAAUGGAAUGCCCUGUUACAUACCAGUUUGAAGGCAGCUUGAGGAAUCUUCUUCUCUUAUGGCAUGCAUUAGGAAUGUGAUGGUUUGCCAGAUGAAGAUCCUGGAUGGCUUUAAUGUGAUUGUUGUUUUUUCUUUUUUUUCUUAUUUUAGCAAUUCAGAUAUUUGUAUAUGGGGAAUUGUAUCGAUAAAGUCCUACAGUGGCUUAAUGUCUGAGUGUCCAGCUAUGCCAAGCUGUUACAUAUGAACUGAGAUUGAUAAGGCUACCAAUUGCCUGUAACUUUUCUCCCUUUGGCCAUCAUUUCCAUGUUGUUUCUCUCCUAUGAUGUAUAUCUGUGUUGCAUGUCCUGUCUCUCUCCCUAACCCCACAUCUCUAUUGGAAGUACAUAGCUCUGCUCUGGGGAUGAUCUCCACCAAAAGAGACCUAUAUGUCAUAGUCUGUGGUUUGUGUAAAGACAUAAAAAAUGUGUCUAAAUGGAUUUGAGUCUGAUUCUCCUGAGCCCAUUGCAACUCCACAGUCUGUCUGGAGGUCAGUGGGGUUUGUAAUGUACCGCUGGCUCAGAGCCACGGAGACCAGGACACAGGCAGGAUAUCCAAAGUGACACUGCUUGACUUCAGGUGUCUUUUAGAAGGUCAACUUGACUGACUGUAGGGAGAGGAUGUGGGAUAAAUGUACCGUCCUGUUUGUUGUCCUGUCUUUGUGUGGCAGGUGUGGAAAGUCUUUCGAAGCCUGUUACCAAGGUCUCUCAAAUCAGAAUGAGCAUAGACUAGCACUCAAGGUCAGGAGGUAACCCUAAGUCCUUUUAUUUUUGAUGACUUUGUUUAUCCCAUUUAAAUGAUGUGACUAUAUUGAUAUUAUAUGACUGAUUCUGGCCCAUUAUGCCUUAUCAGGUAGGUAGACCCUAGGCAGUGUGUCCUGGAGCUUAAUUAAAGUCAAGCAGGACUCUUCACAUAUUAAUGCCUUCAUUGUUUCCUCCCAAAACUGGUCAAUAUUGAAUGAGGAAAAUGACUCUUAUCUAUGUAGCCACAUACAAUGUCUACAAGAGAGCCUCUGAAAUGGAAAAAAAAACUGAUCCUCCCUUGAUUCUAACGUCUUUCUGUUUGGUGCUGGUGAGUAUGGGUUUGUGCUGGAUAAUAAAAUAUUGUUUCUCAUUACCUUUGGCAUUUAGUAAGGCUCAUCGGAGGAGUGUGGUCGUCUUAAAUUCAUUCUUCUCAUUGUCUUUUUAUUCCUGUUUUAAGGUAAUAGGUGGGUAUAUAGGGGGCGGUGCCUGGGAUUUACAUUUCUGUCUUUAAUUUGUCUUGCAAAUUUUUGGGGGAGAAACGCUUGCUCUGAAAUGUAAACCGAGAGAAUCCAGAAUGGGAAAAGUCUAAUACUGCUGUCUGAUUUGAAUGUCUGCUGUGUUUUAAACAGUAUCUUCAAUUUUCUUUACGAUUUUCUUUUCUUGGUUCUGUUUCCGGUUCUACUCAAAUUUAAACAUUUUACUAAAAUUGCAAAAAGUAUUGUGCAAAUGUUUUGUUUUUUUAACUACUUGAAAUGCUUUAAUAAAAAUAGACUUGAUCAAAAAAUGUUCAGAGAAUGGAAAAGAAUGGCUGAGAAGUCAUUCCAUGGUUGGUUUGUUCAUUGUCACUUUCAGUGGAUAAGCAAAACAGAAGGCCCACUUCAAGAUAUCGCACAGCUUGACAGGGCUAUCAUCCAAGGAAAUCAAGCUCAUAAACUCAGAAUAAAAGAAAAGUUUUACAUCUCGCUAAAUCUGAGGGUGGUUUUAACCUCCCAGACUUGGAAUUGCAUCAACUCCCCACCCAAGGCUUUUACUUGAGACAUUGUUAAAUGCACUAAAAAGGAACAAUGGGUUGAAGAUGUGCAUGCUCACCCCCAGAAUCUUUUCACAUGUCUAUUUUUCAAAGGAUAAAGCUAAGAACAUGAACAACUUCAUUGUUAAGAACACUAUAACGAUAUGGAAGAAAAUGAAACGGAUUCUACAAGAACCAAAUCUCACUAGCAAAAAAACAAUCCUUGAACAGCUUUUCAGUAUGCACUGAUAAUAACAUGGAAAACUAAAAGGUAUAGAAAUCAUAAAUUAUUUGGUAAUAGGACAUACAUGUAUUUCCAUGACAGAAUUAAAAAGCAAUUUUGCACUGACCGAUGUAGAAAUUGUCAAAUACAUGCAAUUUGUAAACUAAUGUAUUAAAAAGAGAUCAAAUUCUACAGCAGAAGGAGAGUCAUAUGUCUUAAGUGUAAAACUAACAAAGGUUGAAUAAUCCAUACCUUUUGGGAAUGCAACAGGCCAAAAGUAAUAGGUGGAGUUAGAAAGUUGGCUGUCAGAAGUAUUCAUGUAAAUUUACUUUUUGGUUCAUAUUUCAAGACCUGUCAUAUGAGGGUGCAGUGAGAUACCCAAUGGGUAUCUUCUCGUCCAUUAUCUUGAAAUAUACCAAUCCUCCAUCGUUAAGACAAUAGAAAAAUCAUAUGGUUCAUUAUCUAAAUAUAUUAAAGAGCAUUUUCGGGCUUGGCAGGUGUGAUGUCAUGGAUGUUCGUGUGCGUCUAAAUGUUGUCUUUUGUAUGUUCAUAUUUUGUAUUGUUAAAAAAAAAAGAACCAUGCUAAUUGUCUUAAAUUGGCAGUGAUUUCUAUGGAUGAUUUAGUCUCUCUAGUUUGGAUUGUUUGAAGUGAUGGGGACAUUUCUCAGCAGCAUGCAAUAUAAGGGAUAAUAUAAUACUAACUCCCAAGGUUUUUUCCUUACAACUAAUGACAUAUUUCUCAUUAUGUUGGAACACUGUUUUCUAUAUCACACAGCCCCAAGGUAGCCACAGCUCUAGUAAAAUCGUAGACCUGUCUACCUUUGUACUUCCUCAGCACUGAGAGCAGAGGUAAUUGCCUGUAGCCUCCCUGACAUUGCUCUCUGCAUUCCAAUCUUCACAAUGACUUCUCUCCAUUUCUGCCACACCAGUUGUGUGCUGAAACUCCCAAUUCUUUUCCCCAUGCUUAUCUUGUCCCACAGUCACUUGAACAUGUUAAAUAGGGCUCUUCCUUCAGCAUUAAAUUGAUUCCAUUCAUUGA